AGAAAAACUUGCUUCAAAAAGUUGUUGAUUCUCUUUGUGGAAAAAUAUACUUUAUGUAACGAUGGUGGAAAAACAUAAAGAUUUGCUAGAAUGAGCGACUUAACACCUGAUGAGGUAGGAAUCACUAGUUAUACAAUAAGUCAACAAACCUUUUAUUAACGCAAGAUCCCGAUAGGAAAACAGCACAAAAAAAGAUGCUUUUACGUACCAAUGUAUCACGUACACAUGCAUGAAUAGAGCCAUUUAUUGUAAGCUAUACAUUCAUACUUUUCACUUUGGUUUAAAUUCAUCGCGAACUCUAUCAGGCAGCCUGUAAGUGAAUUUUGAAGUGUUGUUGGCUGGGAAAUCUCAGAUUCGGCUACAUUUAAUAUGGUUUUGUUCGUAGUGCCCAACCCUACACUAGCUGGUGAAGAGUUCUUAAACUUUUAUACAUGUCGCUUACGUUUUGAGAGCUUUUGUGAAUGACUUCAUUCAUAUAUUUCAUUCAUUUCAUUUCAUUCAGAUCCUUGAUUAUUCAUCUAACUGCUUCCCAAUGGAACACUCAAUCUCUUGCUAGAUUCAAUGAGUAAAAUUUUCCAUUUUCUUCCUAGUAUACAGUGUAGCUUGUCCAGCUGUAUUAAUUACCAUGACAUCAUUAUAAUGAGUGAAGAGUUUGUUCCUUGGGACAGAGGCUAAGCCAAAGCCUUAAAUAAGAUAAUAUUGUUACACAUUAUAAUUACAAUUAACUACUUUAUGGACAGAACAUAAUCUAAAACCUUUUUUUAAUUUGGGUAAUUUACAGUUUAAAUAAGUUUAUUAAUUUUAAAUAGCUUAUCAAGUGGAUCUGAGCAUAUCUUGCUUGUAGUAAUGUAUCGGUCAAAUUGAAGCUUCAACAUGCCCCCCACCCCCCCAUCCCCCCGGGCAACCACUCGGGCAUUUGACUUUUUUUAAAAUUAUUGUUCAAAUUCCCCCCUACCCGGGACAAAAUGCCGUUCAAAUCCCCCACACUAGGGUCCAUUCAGGUGAUCAAAUGCCCCCACCCCGGGGACAUUUCACAGGCACAAAAAUGACAGAAAGACAGCGGAAACACUUUCAGUUGUCGAACAAAAUAUUAAUUUAUAAAUAUAACAAAAACUGAGAAACACUGUUAGCAUAUUUACUAUGAACAAAAGUCUCGUGCAAAGCGACGGAAAUCGCUGCUACAAGGUCACUGAAUGCUCAGCUGUUCUUCGUCAUGCAACAUACAAAGCGUUCUGUAAAAAAAUAUCCCACCUAUUGAGAUUACUACAUCAUGACCAUUUCACUGACACGCAUCAUCGUUCACCUUAUUAAUUAACAUGCUUGCAGUAGGUGAAAGUAGUUGACCUGAGCUUUUUAUUUUAUUUUAUGUUGUUGUAUUGAAUUGCCGAUAUUGGUAUUGUAUUUCAUUGUAAACACAACAAUGAAAUACAUUCAUACAUUCAAAGCCUGUAUCCAAUAUUAAAAAUUUUAAAAUUUAAAUACUUCAAAUACGGCACAAAGCUUGUUUUAGCCCUUUCCUCGCAACCAAUUGGCCACAAAGGCACAAUCUUUUCCACGAAAAUCCUCUAACACCAUGUCCCCCAUGAUAGCUCGCCAUGCAAAAGAUUUUACAUGAAAUAGAGGGUGCAGUUCAAAUUCCUCAACCCUAAAACAUGGGGAUCAAAUUCCCCACCCCCUGGAAGACUCUGAUUAUCAAAUUCCCUCCUCCCCGGGAUGGUAAAGUUGUCAAAUGCCCGGGGUAUGCCGGGGGGGGGCAUGUUGAAGCUUCAAUUUGACCAAUACAUAAUACAGUCACGUGAGAGUAAAUUUCACUAAUAUUGAAAAUAUCAAUGAUAAUACAUGUUAUAAUAUAGUACAUGUAUUAAACAAUGACAAUAAUAAUAUUAUUAUUAUUAUUGUUUAACCCAUUCACCCCUGAUUCACCCUUAACCGUCCAUGCAGAUAGGCGUCCCUUCUACUGCUUGUGACAUCAUCAGUUUUAAUGGUCAAGGACUAGUUUGUCCACUAACUUGUGCAGGGUGAAGAGAUCUUUCAAACCAUACCAGAAUGAGUACAAUUCAGUCAAGGACACCGGAGAAAAAGGCAAAAAAAAACACGUAACAUUGACCUGAAAAUUUCCAUGAAAAUCUUGUUCCACUACCCACCUACCUUUCCUUUUGCAAGCUAAUAUUUUGCAUCUGGAUCAGAAGGCUGCAAAGUUUAUGACCUGUAAAUGGCUUCAUAGUAAGUUUUAGCUCUUUAUUUAAAUGUAGCACGACGGUGACCAGAAAACUGCUCGACUAGCUUCAAAAUGCAUUUUUCGGUAAAAUUUCCAGGGGUGAAUGGGUUAAUAUUAAUAAUUCCUGAUAAUAAAGAUGAGGUAAAUCAUAAUAUAAUAAUUAUUGCAUGCUGUAUAUUUUACAGGUUUUGGUUUUGAAGAAUAUAUUUAUGUGCUGUAGUUAGCUUAUUCUGUAAAAUAAUCGAAGUAUGAAACUGGUAAAUAUGAGACCUUCGUACCCAAAUGCAAAAAGCAUUGAAAUGUAUCAUGUUUCCAUGCUAGUAUAUGGCUUGAUUAGAGCUUAUCUUGGAACCAAUGUACUUCAGGACAGUUCAUGACUGAUACAUGUAUGUAUUGGUUGAAUUAGUAAUUGCGAAAAAUAAUGUGUUCUAAUGAGUGAGAAACAAUAAUAGCUGACCAACAAUUACAUAAUAGACUGUAUUUCCAAGUCAGGGUUACGUUGUCACUAACAUUUCAAGUUACUCGGUAAAUACAACAAGUAGGCAGGGAAUCAAACAGCUAGGGAUUUCUUUUGGUUCUAUUUUUCUUCUAUUUUCCUUUGAAAGUACCUAGGGCCAUGUUCAUAGUAGCCGGGGGACAGCCCUGCAAGUGAUUGUUAAAGUCAAUUACUGAAUGUAAAUGGCCGGUGGAAAACCUGUUAAUACUUAACUUUGUGAAUUGGUAUGUACUUUGGACAUUUUAAAAAACAAGGUUUCUCAUAGUAAAACUGUAAGUAACUUGUUCGUGGUGCUAAAAUGAUUUUAUCCAUGUCUUACAUGAAAAAUCUUUGAUUCUGUAAAUUACCAUUUACCAUUUUGUGUACAGUGCUCUCUCUAAAAACUAUUAAUUACACAGUAAUGAGCAUAGCUAUUGGUAUAGUACUGUUGAUUUAAUUCAUUACUGAUGUAUUGUGGAUUUUCAGAUCAGGCGUCGUCGCCUGGCCAGAUUGAACCAAGGUGCCUUGUCCACAUCCCCGACAUCAGAUGGCCAAACCAUUCCAAUGAGAACUAGCCUGAAACCUGUGGAUGCAGAAGAUUCAGCAGUUAAUACUCAAGACAGUGGCUAUGGUUCUUUGCCACAAUCCUUUGAGUUUGAUGAUAACUCCCAAGAGACAGGGGAUAAAUAUGGCAAGCGUACUUCACCAACUAGUUUGUCUUCUCCUUCAGAAGGUUUUAAAUUCAAGAAAACAAGGGAUGGAUUUGACAAACAUGGUGCUAAUCAUGCAGGGGUGAGUUUAUAGAGUUAUCCAAUGUAUGCUGUAUUUUUCAUGGUUUACUUGACAUUAUUUGUCAUGGUUUAUACUUACUAUGUUGUGGAAUGACUAUCUGGUAAACAUUUGGCUUUGCUUGGAUUUGGUGGAGCAAAAUGGUCAUACAAUAACAAACUAAAAGAAAACACACAGUGUAACUGCUGACUAAGUGUAUAAAGUAGACUUCAACUUUUCAGUUCUAAGUUAUAAAAAGUUUCCUUUUUGAUGCGUCAGUUCUUACUGGAAUCUAAAAUGUGAAGAGACUGUGAAUUUGAUCAGCAUCUUACAAUUUCUUUUAGAUAUGCCGUUAAAAAAAAUACAUAUAACGUGCAUGUAAAAGUAAAAGGAAGUCUUCCUACAGUAAAUACAAGCGUCUUGUUCUUGUAAUAUUGUUUGUGUCAAACUUUAUUUGCCUAUAUUUUGGGUGUUAAUCCACCACAUGUGUAAAUGCUGCAAUUCCCAUGGCCUGCACUGUAACACCCUCUGCGUAAUUCAUCAUAAUGAUACAAAACUGAAUCCAAUAUUAUAUUGCUUUUUAUUAUUAUUAUUAUUAUUAUUAUUAUUAUUAUUAUCAUCAUUAUUAUCCAUACAAAAUAUUUCCAACUUAAAACUCAAACUGCCUGUUCCCAGGCAGUUUAAGAUUAUGAGGAGCUGUUCAUGCUAGCAAUUAUCUGUUGAGUACACUGCAGUAUUUGUGCUUCUUUUUCUAUGAUUUUAGGCAGCUAUUUCUUCUUCGCAUAACAUGUGAAAUCUUCUCCCAUUAUCUACAGCUCUUGCCUUCUGCAGUCAGACCCUUUACAUCUCACCUCCAAAUUUGUUCAACAAUAGCUGGUUAUUUAGAAGUAGUCAGGGGAUUUGAGCCAGUGAGAAAAUUAUGCAGGAAUAUUUGAAUAAAUAAUACAUGUAAGAUUGUAUUAUUUAAAUAUGAUCAUAAUUAUGAUACAGCACAUACAAUGGAAUCUUGAAACCUUUGUUGAAGAGUUAAGAGAGUGGCAAAAUAUGUUCAGUAUAAUAAGGUUUUGUUGUGGAGGUUCUGUUCCUAAUAAAAUUUUACUAAUAUUACUGGAGCAAAGAAUGUCUUUUGUUGUACAGAGGACUUCCUUGAAUAGACAUAGAGGUUCACUGUAUCGAAGUGGGUUUAUUAUUGUGUUUAUGGAGGUCAUUGUGGCAGGGAAGGGUGCUGCUCUUAGAAGCAACAGAUGUUGUGAUUUUAAAUUUUAACUGGAAUAAUAUUAUUUAGUGUCAGGAAGUUAUUGAUGGUGGAAAUGGUGGAAUUUAAUUAAAAGUAUUUUCUAUUCUUGCUCUUGCAGGUACAUGUAUAUGUAACCGAUGAACAAAUUGUAAAAAGCCUUUGUAACAUAUUUAAAGUUUCAUUGAAGGUGAUGUUUGUUCUCAACAUAAUAAUAUUGUAAUGUGCUAUGUUAUAUAAAAGUGAUAGUUAAAUCAGUAUUAUUUUUAUUGAACCUUUUCACUUGAUGCUUGAAAUUCACAGCAUGUGUCUUGUUAUGUGCUGGACUGCAUGAAUAUGAAUGUAUAAUUAUUUGUUUGUUUGUUUGUUUGAAAAAAGGUACAAAGAAAGGCAAUCAAAGAGGAGAUGAGUUUUACACUCAAGUUGUCUGUGUUUUUAUUUUAAUUUAUAUGAACUUACCAAAUUAUGUACGUCAUUCUUUUUGCUUUUAGAAUAAUGAACUAUCUCCAGAAACAGUUUACUUGCCUUCAUUAGCAAAGGAUCUUGCAAGAAUGAAUCUUACCUCAGGUAUUGGAAUUGGUAGCAGUUACACUAGUAACAGUAUAAUUCCGGUGAAAUGGAGGUUGAUUCUGAAUUGUCUUUGUCUCCUGAACCCUGAAUAUUAAUGAAUAAGGGCUAGGAGACAAGGGAAAUUGAGAAUCAGCCUACAUGUACUUUGUAGUUAAAACAUUAUAAGACAGAAUCCAUCAGGAAAUUGACUAAUUUUAAAUUUCAGUGGACAUUCUUAAAGGUGAAAAUAGUUAUGUGUAAUAACACCAAAGAAAAUUUCUUAUGGGAGCCUGAGAAAAUAAAUGUCAAACUUCACAAAUUUUCAGAAUUUUACCUGUGUUUUCACAAUUGUGAAAUUUGACAUUUAUUUUCUUGGGCUCCCAUAAGAAAUUUUCUUUGGUAAUAUUAAUGAAAACUAAUAUAUUAUUACAUCUAUAGUCCUUGAAAACUGUAGAGAGAGAACGCAAUAUUCUUUAAAUUAUUCUGGUACAAGGUUUUUGUUCCCUGAAAAUUAAAAUUAAUCAAUUUCCUGGUGGAUUCCAUCUUUAAAACUUUUAACUACAUUUAGUUUUAAUGCCUAACAAUAUAUUAUGUAAAUCCUUUAUUAAGUUCCCCCUCUCUGAUAAGCCCUCCCCUGUUAAUAAGCCUCCUCUCUUUUAAGCCCCCCUCCUCUUCUCUAAUUAUUCUUCCUUAAUAAAUGAUAGACUGUAUUAAUGGAUCGUGACUGUAAAACUUCAUGUGGGACUUUGUGUGGACUGAUCCAGGAUGGUUUAUUCACCAACUGGAAGUUCAGAUUUGUUUUUGAUCCUUGGCUGCAUGAUCAGAUGACCUCCAACUUCCUGUACUUGAGCUUUUCCACUUUGUAUUCCAGUUCUUUAUGGAUUACUGAUACCAUCAUCUUUUUUUAAAUUAAAUAAGACUGCCCUCUCAAAUAAGGUAUUGUGUUUUGUUUUGUGUAAAGUUGACGUGGAAGUUUUAAUGAAAAUCUUGUCCCACUACAAACCCACCUACACUUCCUUUCAUCUAAUCCUGUGAUCCUAAAACUUUUCCUACCAAAGUGAAGCCUAGUAAAAUGCUCAGUAAAAAAAUGGGGCAAGAAAAGCAAAAGAAGAGGGUACAAAUAAAUUCUCCUUUUUUCUGCCCUCAGAAAUGGCUCAAUGUCUCAUUUCACAUUUCUUGCUGUCACAAUUUGCACACUUUUGUCACAUUGUUAUUCCACCCAGCUUUGGCUUGUUGCUUGCUUGUUGGCUUUGGUCGCAGGGCUGUUUCACUCAAGCAAAUUCAAAAUUAAACAUAUUGUGAGAUGUAUUAAUGUGAGCUGCUGAGAUCUAUGUCUUUUACAAUUCAGUUACGUUUGAUAAAUGACUGUACACAAUGUAGAACAAAAACAACACUGUAUAAGCUCACUUUUUGGCUCCAAUUUACUUACAAAAUUAAACUGGACAGAUGUAUGUUUUACUUGUAACUGUAUUUUUUCUAAAAGCUCUUCCUAACAUUAAUGCCACACUGACACAUUUGGUUUCAAUUUUCUUACCUUUAUGAUGAAAAUGCUGUUUAUUUAAAUUAUUCCUAGAAACUGCUGUCAAUCUUAUAAGUGAACUGAUCACGGAGAGACUAACACAAUCACAUGUUAGUAGUGAAGGCCAAACAAGUUUGAGUGCAACACUUACUAUUGCUGAAGAGACUUCUCAAAUGGCCAUUGAUGAUGGAUCAUCAGAGAGCAGAUCUUCAGAAUGUAGCAGUUUGCUGACAGAAGAAAAAACUGAUUUUCUUGCCUUAAGAGAGACACCAUUCAUGUGUCAAACAAAGCAACUCAAGUUUUUGGCUGACAGUUAUAACCGCACAAUGAAUGAAGAAAAGAAUUUUACAAAGGUGAUUUUUACUGGCAUUGCAAUAAAAUGGUUUGAAAUGUGUUUAUACAAUAUUAUAAUGUGUGAAAUAAACCAUGUUCACACUUAUGUUACUUUUUACCAUUAAAUAACAGCAUUGGGUUUCAACUUGGAUACAUGUACCAUUAUUAUUGAUAGGUGCAUGGAAUAAGGUCCUAAGUGACCUAUGCUAGACUGUAAAAUUCUCCCUUUGAAUUACAAGAAUAUACAAGGAAAAUUGAAAGGAGAAACUGGUAGUUUAUCAUAGAUCAUUUGGGACUUCAGGCAUGUCUUAAAUGGAGGUCCUUAUGACUCCGGCAUACAAAAGAAUUGAGCGAAGACACAAAAGUGGCCUCAAAGUAGGGCUGAAGCUUAUCAGGUGUGGUAAUCACACACACAAAAAAAGAAAAAAUUAAUAGGGGGAAAAGUGCUCAACUUUGAAACAACAAUGUAAACAGGUUCUUAGACAGAGGAAGGCAUUUAAUUUGACUCUUGAAAUGGGAACUAGAAAGACUGAUCUUGUAGGGUGCAACUUCUCAUAAAGACAUUUAACCAUUGAAUUCUACAAGUUUAAUGAAAUAUUAUUUUAAUAAUACCAAUUAAUGUAGCCAUAUCUUAUUAUUAAAUACUUAUUACAAGUCAUCAUAGCACCUAACAAGUACAAAGGAUUGCAAUUUUUAUAUAUAUUAUCUUAAUUGACUUUAUUUGCUUUAGCGAUCCCAGGAAGAGAGAUGGGUGACUGCCAUAACCCAAGCUCGACGUCAAUGUGUUUCAUUUUCAUUAUGUGUUCUUCAGGGAUACUUCUCUCAACAGAGGUAAUAUUAAUUAACCAGGCUGCUGACUUGUGAAAAUUCUCUUGUUGGAUUAAUGCAAUCUUAUUACUAGGUACUGAUGGAAAAGAACUGAAUUGGAAACAACAAUGAACCAGACAUUUUUGUGAACCUUGUUACUUUAAUUUAUAGAUCUGUGAUAAAGAAAUCUCCACUGGUGCAUCUGCUUAUCAGUGAAGAAUGUGACAUUCCCUGGUUGUUUUUGGUUGAUCUUGUUGCUUUGGCUGCAAAGGACUCUGAUACUCUAAAACAGGUAAACUUUGUAAACAAAACUUUUUCAUUGCUUAUUUAUCGCUUUUACCUUAGCCAGCAGUCCACUUUAAGGCCACAGUGAUAAUUUUAAUCUUUUUUGCGGCUGAUAAUUAUUAUUGAAAUUAAUGAAGCUCCAUAUACAUGUAAGUGAUUUUUUUGUCCCCCUGAUAAUCACAGUAUAGGGCUUCUUACACAGAUAAAAAGGCCUGUUUGUAGUUUUACAGCUCUCUUUUACAUUUAUCUUGUGACACACAGGCAACUGCGUUAUUUUUUUAGUGUACUGAUCCCAGCAAAGGAAACAUUUUAUUGGAAAUUUCAGGCUUUGUCGAAGCUUUAGAAAAGUCCUGUCCGGUAGUCAGCUCAGGACUAGUAGAUUUUCCUGCCAGGCUAGUAAUUUUAAAAACCUUCCUUGCCCAAUAAGCAAGGGUUUAGGCAAGUCAUGUUCCAAUUAAAGCAAGCAAUUUCAUUGGAACAAAGAUAUGAUCAACCCUAAAGUUUCUAAUUCUUUUUCUAAAAAUGACUUGUUCCCUCCUUAACUGAUUGUAACACUUUUUACAUGAUUUAGUUGUCUAUAAUAUUAUGAUUGUUAUGUUUGUUUUGUAUAAAUGCUCACCAAGGGCUUUGAUCUUUUAUCCAAUUGUCUCCACUUAUUUUUUAAGCAAUUGUAUGGAGAUCACUUUGAACAAUUUGUAUGUGGAUAUUGUGACUUAAAGAAUUAAAUAACAUCAUUAUUGAACCCUUUAUUUGUUGCUCUUUUAUCAUCAUUAGGUGUUUGUACCAGUGUUGUUGGGUUUGAAUCGUGAAAUGCAAAAGCAGCAUUUAGCAAGUGAUGAAUACAAGGCUCCAUUACAAGUAAGCACAUUUAUUUUUUUUAUUUUUUUAUUUUUUUUUAUAGCAUAAUGUUGAGGUGGCUCUGUCAUUAAUACAGGGGUGUUGAGCUAUGAUGAACUUUUUGUCAUAACUUUGUUGGUUUUAACGCCAUGGCUACAAAACUUUGGAAAGAACUACAGAUAUUCAGCAAUAAUAUGAAUUACUGGUGGUGAAUAUUUUUUACAAAAUUAUCCCUUAAGUGGACUCUACUUUUCAAAGAAAAUCACAUCUAGUAAAAAAAUUUUGCUGAUAUUUUUGACUGAGAUUUCUGGUAUCAACCUCAGAGAAGUCGUUGGAGCAGAAGUCCUAAACUGGCAAGCCCUUCAAAAUUAAAUGGUGAAAUUGUUUUGGAAUUUUGAUAAUGAAUUGCUGGAAGAACAAGCCACCAAUUUGAAUUUUCAAGACAAGUAAUUCUAAUUUGCUAAUUCUUACAACCAAGGCCUAUUCUCUGCUAUUCUUUAAUUAUUAAGAAGUACUCUCUAGUUUUAGAAACACUAUGAAUUGCUCCAAACCUUGCUGUGAUGUCAAAUCAAUUUUUCUACAAUAUUUUUCGAGUUUUGGCUGAAACUCCUGUUACAUACAUUUUAAUAUAUUACAAAGCAUCUUCAUCGGCUUUUACUGCUGUGCGUUGCUUCCGAUGAAAAAAUAGGUAUUGGGAUUAAUAAUAAUAAUAAUAACAACAAUAAUUAUAAUAAUCAUGGUUUAUUAGUAUUCCAUAAAAAUGGCUCUUCUAUGCUACAUUACUAACUAUUAAAACAAACAAUAAGAUUUGAACAAAGGUAGACUGGGCAGGAUUAGCUUAGUCGGUAGAGUGCUUGACUGCAGAGCGGGAGGUCACGGGUUCAAUUCCAGGAGCCAGACCAAUACUCAGGGUCUUAAAAUAACUGAGAAAUGAAGAUACUGCCUUUGCCCUGCAAAUGGCCAGACCUUCACCUGACUCGAAUGACCACAUAAAAUGGCGGUCCCGUCUCCAGUAGGAGACGUAAAAAUAGUGUCCUCAAUUAGUUGUUUCGUGCUAAAUACAUUGACACUCAAAUAAACUGGAUUUUUUUUAAAGGUAGAACUUUAAAAGAAGAUAUAUAUUUAUGUACAUAAAAAUGGAUAGAAGUUGUUAUAAUAUAGAUUAGAAAGUACAAGACUUUCGGCUAGUUGUUGGAUUAUAAAAUUGUUACCUUGUACCAGAACUCAGGUAGUACUGCCAGGAAUCUUAGUUUGUUUAUGACUGUGAAAUGAGCACAACCGCACCUCAGCCGCUGGGACAAACAACAAUGAUGUCCAUGCCCGUGAACCAAACUUUAUCAAAAGGCCAAAUAAAUGUAUCAAGAAAAAUACUUUCCGUGUAAAAUUUUAAAACUUUAAAAAUUUCUUGACUUCUUUCUUUAAUGAAUGGGUGAUACUUUUCUUGAUUAUCAUAUUUUACUUUGUGAUAUACAAAUCGCUUUGUGGGCAUGGGCAUCAUUGUUGUUCAUCCCCUGGCUGAGGUGAGAAUUCCUUGCAGAACUGCCGUCUGAGCUCAUUUCAUAGUCAUAACCAAAGAUGAUUGACAGCUCUACCCGAGCUUUUAUACAAGGUAGCUUAAAAUCCCUAUAACUAUUUUUGGAAAUGGACUCGACACCUAGCAGUUAAAUAUAUGUUGUGGUUUAAUUUUAUCCUUGGUUUAAAUUUUAUUUUCUUUUUGUUUUUGGGUAUGGUAAUUUAUGAUAAUGACUUUGAAACAAAAGAAAAUAAAAUUUAAACCAAGGAUAAAUUUGAACCACAACAUAUACAAGGGUCAUGAAUCUGCAUUGGCAGUUCAGGGGUGAAUGGGUUAACUAUAUUUUAUUACAUUCACAUACACUGUACAUUUCUAAUAUAGCUGACCGUGAUGAGCUUAGUGACAUCUUCUGAUCAAUGCUCCUGGUAAAGGCUCACAUAUACAGAGCACCGCUACUUUGUCAGUAUUGCAGCAGUUGUUUUCAGUAGUCUUCUAGCACCUUUUGUAGCAGUGAUAUAUAUAACAACAGCUUUUGCCGUAUAUUAAGCACUGUUUGCACUUGCAGGAAAUAUAUAAAGAGGAAUAAAAAAUUUUAUGAUACUCUUUUCAUGACAUAUGAAAUCUUUCUCUUUCUAGUUACCUAGGCAAUUCAUUGUUAUACAUAAAUAUUUUAUGGAAGGUUUGUUUGUAUAUGACUGUGAACAAUAUUAUUUUAUAUUGCUAUUUUUUUCAUUUUCCUUUGGAAUCAGGCACUCUCUAGGUUGUGUGAUAUACGUCUUGGAACAGCUUCUGUUAGACCCAUCUGCAAUCUGGUAUGAUGAUGAAACCCCUAUUUCUUAUCCCUUGAAGUCUUGAUAUUAAUUCUCCUCACUAACCCUGGGUUGAUACAACUUGAACUUCAUAAUGGUUUAAGGCCUUAUUACCCAGAAAAUAUUGUAAGUUGAUUAGAAAACACAGUAGAACUUACAAAAAAAACCACAUUUUUCCAUGUCCUUGUUGUCUAGCGAUAACAUAUAUGUUGUAGUUAAUUUUUUUUCUCAGGUAAUUUUUCUUUUUCUUUUGUUUUUGGGUAUGGUAAUGUAUGCUAAUGAAGUUGAAACAAAGGAAAAAGAAAAGUUAUGUGAGAUAAAAAAUUAACGACAACAUAUAUGUUGUGUUCCAUUGCGUAGAUGAGCGGGAGGGGGGGGGGGGAGUUUAGCAGAGUAUUACAGUAUUUGUCUGCUGGUGAGGAUGUUACUGGAAUUUAACAGAAUUAAUAUUUUACUUUUUUCAAAAAUAAUUUCAAGUAAAUUUUUAUAUUUACAGGGAAGGUCUUAAAAACCUGGCUCAUACUUAGGCUUAAUGUGGGGGGUUAUGUUAUUUUUUUGUGUUAUUUGCUCAGUAAGUUAAAUCAAUAACCCUGAGAGCACAACUGGUUUUCUAGUAAAAUAUUAUUCCUUUUUAAAAAAUUAAUGAUUAGACCAACAACCUAAAGUUAAAAUAGUGUAAGUGUGAAUUUGUUGAAAUACUUUCGUUAUUAGAUGGUGACUUUGCCUGAUCUGUGGAUGCCAUCUCCAUUAUCAAGAGCUGAAGGGAAGGAGAUUGAAAAACUCUCACUCCUUGGUCCUUUUCUUAGCCUGUCUGUGUUUUCUGAAGACUGUGUAAGUUUUUGAAAUUUAAUUACAGUACACUGAUGUACAGAGGCUAGUAAUGAAGCCCUGUUAACGAGGGUAAAUUUCAACAUGGGCACAUGGCCAUGAAACAGGGACAUAAGAAAACUGAAAUGGUGGCCAACAAUACAAAGAUGGGUUAUAACUGCAACACAGCAAUGAAGAGAAGCACAAAUACAAUAAUAAAAUACGAACAGGGAUUAGGAUUAACUUAGCACUCAAUACGCAAAACACAGUUUUGAAAUUCACAUUAGGGACAUAUAUUCCUCCCUAAGAGUUGUGGCCUCAGUAAUAUGCUCUUGUUUGUAAAUUCAUAAUAUUGCAGAAAUCCUACACCAAUAUCAAUUAUUCCCAGCAGAUUAUUGUGCUUUUCAGUAAUGUGCAACCUCCAAAGUAUUAAAUUUUAUUCUAACAUUUACAUUUUUGGCUGUCCAGCCAUCAAUCACCCUUAUUGACCUCUCAGGAAACCUAAAUUUUCUACAGUGGGUUCAAAAGGUCACAUUUGUAGGUUUUAAUUGGUAGAGUUUGAUCAAUUGACUGGUCCAUUAUGACCUCUUCUACCCAUAGCAACAUACCGGUAUAACAUAACAUCUUCACUAAGUCAAUCAAGGAUCACUUUUCCUGGCAAGUUGUUGUCAGUUUUCCAACAUGACAGGAGAAUUUACUGCAUUUGGUCCUCACAAACAUUUCUGAUAAGAUUGUUGACAUCAAAGAAUUUUAUGAUAUUUUGGACUCAGUCCACAAACUCAUUGAAUUUCGCAUUGACCUUCGCAUCACAAGAAACCACCAAGUCACACGACAACUACAUAAUUUCAAGAAAGCUGGCUGGUCAGGCCUCAAACGUACACUCAGUUGAAUUGACUGGGUUUAUGUUGUGGGGAAAAUGAUAUUGAUCAAUGCUUCGCUUGUCAACUGGUCUGAUGAAUUUCUCUGUUGACCAACACAUUCCCAAAAACGAAGCACAAAAUGUAAAUGAGCAUCCCUGGAUUAAUCACAAAUUGCUUAAAUUAAUUAAAGUCAAAAACAAAGUGAGAACUGCAGCAAAAAAGUGGCAGCACCAAUGAUCAAAACAAGUUCAAACAAAAAAGACGUGAGGUUAAAGCACUUAUUGAUCAGGAUAAAAAAAAGCGGCACUAUUCCACCAAUCUGAAAGGAUCUCUUCUUAUUUAACACUAAGCGCUUUUGGUCCUUCGUCAAAUGUAUGACAAAACAAAGUCGGCACCUACCUUUCUGAGAGACGGCAAACGUUUUGUCUUUAAUAAAAAAACAAAGCAGGCUUAUUAAACUGCUUUUUUCAAUCAGUCUUUUCUGCAAACAAUGGAACAAUUGAAUUCCCCCAGGAGACAACUGCUAUACUCACUGACCAUCUAAGCAAACUUUCUUUAUCAUCAUCUGAGGUGGCAAAAGUUUUGAAUAACAUCAAUCCAACCAAAGGGCCUGGUCCAGACAACAUUCCAGGUAAAUUAAUAAAGGAAAUUGUGCCCUAAAUUACAGUCUCUCUCUACCACCUGCUCAACCUUUGCUGUCACUGGGCAAAUGCCCAGAUCAGUGGAAACUGGCAAGUGUUUGUCCUAUUUUCAAAAAAGGUGACUCAACGCUAGCCAAAAACUAUCAUCUGAUUUCUUAUUAUCCAUCUUGUCCAAAUGCUUUGAAAGAUGUGUUUUCAGUUAUAAUAUUGUUAUCCACACAUUUCAUCUCAUGAUCAGCUAUAUCACCUGCAACACAGACUUCUCAGAGGAAGGUCCCCUGUCACUCAGCUUCUUCAAGUCUAUCAUCACGAAGUCAUUAAUGCCUUAGCUGAAGGCAAAGAGAUUGAUGUGAUUUAUUUAGACUUUGCCAAAGAAUUCGACAAAGUCCCCCACUCAGCCUUUAUCAACAAGUUGUCUCACUUUGGUGUAUCCGGCCAGUUGAGACAAUGGUUCCAACAGACGUUUCUCUCCAACAGAUAUCAGCGAGUAGUUCUACAGGGUACCCAUAUUUCCAACUGGCUACAAGUUACUUCUGGAGUACCUCAAGGCUCCAUAUUAAGCCCACUACUCUUUCUCACCUAUAUCAAUGAUAUUCUGCAUCCAACGUGAGUCGAAAAUAGGAAUUUUCGCUGAUGACUCCGAAUUGUACAAGAUAAUUUUGAAGCCGUCUGAUAAGAUCUCUCUUCAGUAAGACUUGACUCAGCUCUCCAACUGGAGUCACACCUGGGCAAUGAGCCUCAGCACACUUAAGUGCAAGACCCUAAACAUCUCCAGGAAAAAACUGCUGUCAAACAGAGAAUACCACCUAGAUGGGACCGUACUAACCACAGCUAGCGAAACCAUCAACUUGGGCAUAACCACUACAGACAACUUCAGUGGUCUACAGACAUACAUCAGAUCUUCCUGCAAGUAAACCGUACUUUUGGCCUUAUUCGCCAAAUCUGCAGAGACAUCAGUGACACUUACACUAGGAAACUUUUACACUGUUCAAUUGUUCGCCCCAAAUUAGAAUAUGCUAGUGAACUUUGGUCCCCUUACACUUGUAAGGACAAACGUUUGUUAGAAAUGUCCAGCGCAGAGCUGUGAAGUUUAUUUUGAAUUUCUUUCGGAUGAUUUAUCCGAAAGACAUGUCUUACAAGCAAGGAUCGGUUGGUCAAACUUAACCUGUUGCCACUGGAUUAUAGAAGAGAUUUGAAAGACCUAGUCCUUAUUUUUAAAUCCAAAGCAGGCCACGUAGAUCUCAGCCAUCAAUGCUUUUUUCAGCAAACUGAAAUACACCAUUGCAUGAAAAUUUAACGCUACCAUUUACCCUAUGUGAAACAAAAUUAUUUGAAAGACUCAUUUUAUUAUAGAUCAACAGCUACUUGGAACAAACUACCUGUAGACAUCAAAAGCACAAAUCAGUCACUUUCUAGUUUUAAGAAAAAGGAUUUUAGACAUUUACACUUGCAAUACUUUAUCUUAUGUCCUCCCAGCUCAGCCAGUGGGGUAUAGGCUGAUACUUAUCUGUCUGUUUUUAAUGGAAAGGGGAGCAAAAAGUGGUUAAUGUUGGGGGGGGGGAGUAGUGGGGUUCCAUUUAAUGUUGGGGCAGUGGGGGUUCCAUUAUCUAUGGUUUUAUUCCAUUUGUUUUCUCUAACUAAGGUAUUUUAUAUUUUAUUUAUGUACAUAUUUUUUAUGUUCAUAUUAGUGGAAUUAAUAACAUGCAAUGAAUUCCAUAAAGUUAAAGUUAAUUGAGUAUGGCGUAAUCGUGAUUGACAGAAUUGAAAAACUAACUUGUUUCUAAAUCCUUGACUUGAGAGGUUGCAUGUUGUUGAAAAGUGCAGUAAGAACAAUGUUGUAGCCUGCUAGCUAGCAAGCUGUCCAUGGAACAUCCAUGUUUACUCAGUGAUGUUUAUGUUGUGGUUAUUCUACAGCCUCAGAUUGUGGAGCGCUACUUUUCUGAGUGCUCUGACAGUGUAAAGCUCGUGAAUGUGACUCUGAGGAGUGCCCUUCUUUUAGUUAGAGUAAGUAUAUAAUUUAUGACUUAUAAUUAAUUUUUCUCAUUUAUUUUACGUUAUUUAUAAAAAAAGGUUCAGAAAUAAGUUUACUGGUGUCCUCAUAACUGUUUUUCUCUUAGUUUCUGGUGAUGUGCUAAUCAAAAGUUAUAAUCAACAAUAAUUUGAUUGUACAUCCAUGCAAAAAUGUGCUUACAUGUAUAUUAUGCUAAUGCACUUUUAAUACAUGGCUUGUCUUCUCUCAUUUAGGGCUCAGAAUGGAAAAUUAAUCCUUGGAAUGUUCAUAAAUUAAUAUUGUCAUAUACACUUGCAUUUGUCUACUGCAGUAAUGAAACUUAACAAUGUAUCCGUAUAAUUAUUUAUUGAAUAACAGGUUUGAACAUGCAUCAGUUGGUAGCCCUGACUCUGAGAUCAAAAAUUUCCUAGCAAUGUGGCAAUUUGCCUCUCUACCAUAAGAUUUGCAUUGUCGUUGUUGCAUUUGCCAUUUUUAGUUUAUUAUGCCAACUUGUUUACAGACAGAAGUGUUCAAGAUUAUUCAUAGCAUGUUAGUGUCAAUGGAGAGUCGUGAUUCUUGUUUAACGUUCAUGGGAGCAGUUUUACAAAGAAAUCACCGCAAAGCACAAAUGCAGGUCAGUCAAAAUUUGUAGUUGCAAUUUUUGUGAAUAGAUAUUGCAGUGAUAUUACAGCAGAUAGUGCUAUCCCUGUACUAGUCAACUAAAAUAAGAAUUGUCUUUCUUUGUACAUGUAUGUUUGGUUCAGGUUGAUGAUAGACAAGUUGCUUCUGAUGGAUUUAUGCUGAAUUUCAUGACAGUCUUACAGCAGCUUUGUGGAAAGGUUAAAAUUGAAAAAGUAAGUCAUGAAAACCUAGUCUGGUGUUUGCUAGAAAGGACGUUUUCUGCAUUUUGUCCUAGGUUAGGAAGGGAAAAAGUAGCUUGGAAACUACUACAUUUUUGUGAGCUGAGUGUGGUUAACAGCUCCAGCUUAUGAACUGGAAGUCAGCUGAGUUCGACCCUCACUGCCGUGUUUUUUCCCCUAGAUUAAAAACUUUGCUCCUCUCUGUCUCUAUUCACCCGGGUUUAUAAUAUAAAUGGCUACUGGCGAUUUACUACCAGGGGUAACCCUGCAAUGGACUAGCAUCAAGGGGGGGGGGGGGGGGGUGGGGGUGGUGGUGUAUUAAUAUUCAUAGGUCCUUUGUGCUUAGAGACCUGGGCUAAAGGGCACCCGUGUGGGUCUCAUGGCCUAAACUAAGUAGCUAUACAGGACUCGAAACACAUGAAAUACCGUAAAAUUCCGAAAAUAAGCCCUGGGGCUUAUAUUUUUCAAAGGCCCUUUUUGAGGGGCUUAUCUACGGAGGAAAAUUUGCGUUUCAAAAUCGAUUGGGCUAGCCUUAUAGUUGAAAGUAAAUUUACUGUUUUGGCUUUGUUUUACUUUGUAUUUGAGGGUAAUUUUCCAAGUACAAGCCCCCGGGUGGCUUAUAUUUGGAGGGGCGAUUUAACGGAGGGUUUUUUGCGUUACCGGUUUGGGGGGCUUAUUUUUGGAGGAGCUUAUACAUGGAGGGGCUUAUUUUCGGAAUUUUACUGUACCUUCCCCUCUAUCCUCCAGUCUUAUUGAUGACACCUUUUUUUACCUUAAUACUAGCUGUCAUUUUCUCAUGGAGUAGUGAGAGUGCAGCAUUUAUGUCAUGCAAUUUGUUUGCUUCAUUUGCUUGUUUCAGUGACCUCAACAUUCUGUUAUUUACCUCUGGGAAUAUUGUCAUUUUUUCUUCUUUACUUCUCAAACUCAUUAAUAAUUCAUAAAGAAAAUACAAAGGAAGUUAAUGUUUAAUGAGUGUUUGGAAAUCAGAUGAAAAACUGCUCAUUUUUGCAUCCUUAAUUUCUCCUUCUAAAAUCAUUUUGUUUGAGAAGUAAUAUCAAGCAUUUGACACAGUGUUUCAUCAACAGAUGUUCGUCAAAAAUGCUCCUCUGCGCGUCGUAUUUUCAACUCUCUUCUUCGUGUUUCAUCUGGUGAUGAAACUCUGCAUCUCUUGCUUGAUAUAUUACUUAAAUGAUAUCUUGCAGCAGAAUUUCUAGUACUUAAACACUUAGAACUUGUUUUGUUUUGUUUGUAAACAGGUAGACAGUCUGUAUCUCCAUCAUCCUAAGUCAAGAGUAGAUGUUACACAGGAAACAAGACUAAAACUUACAUCACAACAAGUUGCAGAUUGGAAACAAGAAUUAGGUAGGGACACCCAAGAUAGGUUAUCAACAAACCUGUUGACACAUGUCCUGGUAAAUGGCCGGCUUGGCUGAUAUGGAUAAUGCUACCCAAUAAUAUGGUUUUGUUUUAAGUGCAUAAAUUUGGAAUUGACUUUAUCUUAGGUGUGGUGCAAAGGGGAUACAAGGAAACAUAAUUCUGGGUGGUUUUGUUUUUCGAUAAUGGAACCUUACGUCUGAACCGUUCAUUGUGUUGAAAAUAAUGUAACCAAAUACAGUUAACCAAAGGAAUGACCAGAACUUUCCCAGAAGUCAAAUGGCAGGGAUGUUGAACAUGAGCACAAUGAUAAUUCAACAAAUACUAAAAAAAGGGAGUAGGUCAAACAAGAAAAGGAAUUUCAAACCGAGUGGUAUAAAAAAAGGUCAAAUAGUUUGGCCCUGUUUCAAACCAAGUAAUACCAAAAAAAAUUCAUGUAUUUUGGCCCUGUUUCUUUAAAAAGGGGCCUGUAUAACUUAACAAGAGCGUCCAUAUGGCUUUUAUUGGUCAAUUAGAAAAAAUCCUUGAAAUGCAACUGAGGGCACAAUGCUGGUUGAGUUGCAAAAAGGAGAUAAUUUAGCGUUUUUCCUUGUGCUGGUGCCCUCGCUUAGCUUCUCAUGUCCUACGGCUUCAUGGCCUCUUGCUGCUCACAUUUUUCCAAUGCCACUUCACUUAAUUCGGAAAAAAAUACACCAGAUUGUUUGUAGUACAGCAGAAAACACACUACUCUUGAUCCUGUACUUAUAUCCUGGACCCAUACUUGGGUCAAAAAGUAGCUAGUCAUCCAGAAUAAACAUUUGUAACUCACAGAGGUUAUUAUUCAAUAUCAACAGCCAAAAAAAAUUCAUGGUUGGAGCCCAAAUUUCCUACAGAAUGUUUCUUUAUGGCGAUUGAAGCACAUCAUUUGGCUCUGUUGCCGGCAUGUAGAAGACAUUCACGCAGGCAGAGAGCUCACCGUGACUUAACACGCAUGAUUGAGCAUCUAGAAUCACAUGAGAGUGAAUGGAUGGAAACGCCGAUGGCCUCUCGAAAUAAAAGCUUGUUGAAAAAAUGGAGAGAACAAAUCAAGGUACUUCCAGGUUUUGUUUUCUGAACUGAAUGUUUUUUUUAUUACCUAUUUAACCCAUUCGCUCCUGGAGAUUUUGCCCAAAAACGCGUUUUGAAGCUAGUCGAGUGGUUUUCUGGUCACUGUCGUGCCAUAAAGAGCUAAAACUUACCACAAACCGGUUUACAGGUCGUGCACUUGGCGGCCUUCUGAUCCAGAUGCAAAAUAUCAGCUUGCGAAGUUCGGGCAUGCGCAGAAAGCAAAAUUUCGAGAAAACCCAAAAAUUUUUUUGGGUUUAAAAGUGACACAGCAGUCUUGACUUUUACUUUUCGCUUUCUCUCCUCCCUUCUUUUUUCGCUUUUCUUGCCUCAUUUUUUUUUUCUCUUGCUGGGCAUUUAGUAGGCUUCAUUUUGGUGGGAGGAGUUUUUAGGAAAGCUUUUAGGAUCUUAGGAUUAGGUGAAAGGAAAGGUAGGUGGGUAAUGGAACAAGAUUUUCAUGGAGAUUUUCAGGUCCUUAUCACGUGGUUUUUUGCUUCUUUCUCCGGUGUCCUUGACUGAAUUGUGCUCAUUCUGGUAUGGUUUGAAAGAUCUCUUCACUCUGCACAAGUUAGCGAAGAAAGUUGUCCUUGACCGUUAAAACUGAUGACGUCACAAAGGGUAGAAAGGACCUGGAUCCGCACGGGCGGUUACGGGCGGUUCAGGGGCAAAUGGGUUAAGUAUUUAACUAAAAGUCUAAGGAGGAUUCCAUUUCCAUGUUUUUCAAUGAUUAGUUCAGAUAUCGACUAGACAAAAUUAUAGUUUUACUUUACAAACAAGUAAAGUUUUACCUUAAAAUAAUGUUGUCUUUAAAGACGAUUAUUGUGCAUGGUCAUAAACAGCAGAGCUGUUCGCAUUUUAAGGUGAACUUAAAAUUUGGUCAUUUCACGUCGGCAAAGAAAUUUAGAGAAAAGCGUAAUAUAUGUGCAGUGUUGUUGCUUACUUUUCUCAUUGACCUUCCCGUUGAGGUCACCGUCUCAGGGCGCUUUCCAUUUGCUAGAACUGACCGGCCAGGACCAUUCCAGUCAUAAUGAGAAUUUCACGUUUAAUAAAAACAAUCCAGUCAGAUCAGUCAGAUCCCAAAUAGCAUGCACAAUAACUCUUGGAAAAAGCAGUUAUCAUUAUCAAAAUGACUGAUCUGGCCGGGCCGGUCAGUUCUGACUUUUGGAAAGCGCCCUUAGUUUCGUAAGGUUUCUCUUAAAAACACCUUCUACGGCUAAGCUCACAUGAUGUUACGGGUGCUCAGAACGGAAAGCUAAAAAUAACGCUAUAAAUUUUUGGUGAGAUGUAACAGGUGAGUCUUCAUUUUCUACAGCUGCUUCCAAACGUAAUAGGGAGUUUUAUUUUUUUGGAGGACGUAAACACAUGGUCACAACAACAAAUCACUCUUUUCUUUCUCCUUCUAAAUUUGUGUUUGGUCCCCGAUAAUUCAGUUCCAGGAAAAUUUACCAACAUUUGACGUUUUAAACAAGCUGAAAUAUUUACGACAAAAUCUGAAAAAAUGCGAAGAUGUUUUAACACUAACGUUUUCGCUUCUGUCACCGUUGUCGUUGCUAAAGCCCCCUGCCGCUAAUGAGAGCCCUGUCGUAGUCUCCCUCGCAACGAUGUUUGUCCCGUCACGCCAACAACGGCUGCGAGGGAGGCUAGUCCUGCUAGAGUGGUAGCCAUUAAGAGCUGAACGAGACUGGGUUUAGCCGAGAACCACAUAUUAAAAACAGGGAUACCCUAAAAGGAAAGGGUUUCUUUGGACCAUACCUACUCUGUUGUUUAGCGAAUAAAACUAUUUUUUCCAAACUAUGUUGUAUUUUUUGCAGAAAAUUGAGAAUGGAAAGGCCUGUUCGGACGUUGUUCUCCAAGAUGAAGAACUUUUGCGUGGUUGUUUAAAAUUCUAUUCAUUUUUGGUUACUUGGAUUUUAAAGCUCCUCAACCCGAGUAAAAAUGAGUAAGUUCAUUGCAUCAAUAGCAGAUAGACAGGUAUAAAGCCUGAAACCAGGUGUGUUAGUGUAGGUCAGAGUUCUCAGUUUUCUUGUCCGUUUUUGGGAAAAAGAUUGAUUUUGUUAAUAUUUGUAUCAGAAUAGUGUUUUCUGCUGCUCUCACCCACACUCCAGAUUAUGGUAUAUGGUGGUAAUAAUUCCCUUCUUAAUUUAGCAUGUUUAUACUUCUGAAUUGUAAAAGGUUUUUAAGAAUAGACCUUUUUACCGAUUCGGCGGCCAUAUUGAAUUAAUUCGAUUUAAGGAGUAUUAUAGGAUGCCCAGGGGGCAUGAGCACAUUUCGUUUGUAUUUUACGAGCGUUUUUCGGGGCAUUUUUUCUCAAAGUUUUGUUAGAAUAAGAUUGUAGUGGGAAAAAAGAUCGUUGUGGCGUUUUUGGAUAUAAUAAUGAUCGCCUUUUUCCCGAGAAAUAUACAGUGAAAGACCAUAUUUCUAAUACUAAGCUAGAAAAAGGCGAUGAUUAUUACAUCCAAACACAGCAUAAUUAUCUUUUUUCCAAUUAGAAUCUUAUUCUAAGAAAAUCUUAAGAAAAAAUUUCCCGAAAGGCGCUCGUACAAACAAACAAACAAAAUGUGCUCAUGCCGCCUGGACAUCCUAUGAUACUCCUUGUUUCUUCCUGCUAAAUUAUUUUUGUGGCGUUCCUAUGGAGUCUAUUCUCACAACAUCAAGGCACGGUUGCUAGGGUACUUCAAAUAAGGGAAAAUGAACUAUGCCGGGAACACCGAAAUCAUAAGAAAAGAAAAUGUUUGUGUAUUGCUUUGUGUAUUACCGUUAUACCUGAAUCUGUUCUCAUGAAUAAGCAAACAAAGUAUGUUACAUGGUGGUGUACAGCAGUUGUAAUUUAUGUCUCUGUUCAUCGUCCAGACUCAGACUUCCUCUUCCACAAAACAUUGCAAUGGAACUUGCAUCGCUUCCUGAUUACUAUGUUAGUGAUGUGGCAGAGUUUCUUCUAUUUGUCAACAUGUAAGUACAUUAUCAUUCCUUUGUUUACUCUUCUUUACAGAAUAAUUAAAGCUAUGAUAGUACUGUCUAUACAUUAUAUUGUUCAACAACUCACCAAAGUAGACACUAAACUAGGGGUCAAUGUAAUAAAGCUUUACAGUUAAACCAGGUCAAGCGUUCCCGUCGCUAACGAACUAAUGAAUUCAUUGAUGGAAAAAUGAUUUCGUUUGUUGAUUCUAUAAUCCAUUCAUAAAAUGAAUAAUCCAACAGUCAAAUUGUACCUCGAUUCAAUAAUUAAAUGUUGAUUUGGUUUAUGAACAAAAUCUACCUGUUCUUUAUUCUUGUCUGUUGUGUUCAAUCGUAUUUGCUUCCCUUUUCCUUUCGUUUACGAUUGCGUUUUUCAUUGCCUUUAAUCAAAAUAACAGCUAGAAUAGACAGACCGCAAACGCAAAGAAACUGACAAAGGCCGAGGAUCGAAAUCCACCAAUCACCGCACAUACACUGACCUCAGUUUGACCGUCGUGUUUUCUAAGAGGUCAGGCCUAGGUCUGUUGCACUGAUUACUGGCAGCAAACUGGCGUACAGGUAACAGUUUGUUUGGGUUUGAACUUCAGAACUCGCCAGCAGUCGACUCUCAGAAAAAAAAAGAGGAAAAAACAAAAUUCUGAGGUCAACUUGUGGAAAGUGUAGUUUUUCAAAAAAACACUAAUCGAAUCAACAUUCGAUUAUGGAAUCGACGCUAAAUAUGAAUAUUGGAUUGUUCAGUUUAUGAAUGGAUUAUUGAAUCAACAAACGAAAUCAUUUUUCCAUGAAUGAAUUCAUUAGUUCGUUAGCGACGGGAACGCUUGACCUGGUUUGACUGUAACAAGUGUAGCCAUUGUUGAAGGGUCUGAAAACAAUAGCUAUACUUGUAAAUGUUUUAUUGAAUUGACCCCAGAUAAAAUGUUAGAACUUCUAAAUGUAUUGAAGGGGGAAAGUUUUAAGAGAAUAUUGUUCAUGAAGACCUAUCAUCUUCGCAAAUGGAAGACUACUUUUAUCGUUUGAAUAUACUGAAGUACACUUUUAAGCUAUUCCUCUCAAUGCGUACACAAUGUAGAUAAGUAUUGUUGUUAAUAACUACAACUGAAUGUAUUGUUUGUUGUUUAUUAGGCAUGCCUUUUCAGUCCUUGAGGAUCCUGUUAUGAAUGACAUUGUUACUUUCCUUCUGGUGUUUGUGUGUUCACCAAACUACAUAUCCAAUCCUUAUCUUGUGGCAAAAAUUGUUGAGGUAUGUAAGUUUGAUUUACAAUUCAUUUCCUUUUUAACACCGGCAACCUUCACUUGACCGACCAUGAUAGCAGUCAGUGAGACUCUGAUUAACGAUAUGAUAGAUCAGGGGUUGUUAAUUUUGGUACUGCUAUUUUGAUUAUACUAUUGUUCCUUCGCUCUUAGAGGAAAAAAGCUUUUAUGAAUGUCAAAAUUAACUUUAUUUUGUUUCAGUAGUUUUUGUAGCCUGCCUGCGGUUUGAUCAAUUUUUAUUUUUUUAAACCAAUAUCUCGCCCUGGUCUGUAAACUUUGAAAUUGUGCUAAAUUUGACGAAAAGCGUUCAGUCGUGUAGUAUAUUCACCAACCUAACCCCAGCCUCUUCCAAGCCUGCAGAGUGGGAUAUUUUCACUGUUUUGAAUAAUGUUUCAGGUUUUGUUUGUUAUGAAUCCCAAUAUUCAACCAGCUGCUUUGAAGAUUCAUGAGAUGAUCCUCUCUCAUCCACUGGCCAUGGAUAACUUGGCUCCAGCGCUAAUGAAUUUUUACACAGGUAUGUGGGUACUCAGCUUUCAUAACUCGUUGUCAAUUUACACAUACCAUCGCUAGAAAGUUGAAGAAUAUUAAAUGUAAUAUUUUCAUCAAUUUUCCACUGUAGAUCUCUCUUUUGUCUCGGACUACAAUGGGCUUAAAUGAAAUGCAAUGUAGUUGGUCAUACAUGACCACACAGACUUUCAGCUAAAAGUCUUAUUAUGUCAAAAUAAAGGUUGAUUGGUUACUUAGGGCCUGUUUACAUGGAGGUGGGGGACCCCAGGUAGGUGAGGUAACCCGCUUAGGUGAGGUAAAAAAAUAACCCUCCUUUACAUGCAAUCUUACAACCUCGCCUUCCCGGAGUGCACUUUCUCAAGAUUAUUGAAUGGUCGCUAAGCACGUAAACAAGAAAAAUGCUGGCAAGCCACGAGUUUUGGCGAUUAAUGCACUUCUUCACUCACUUGUUGCUCUUGCUGCAACCCGUCAGUGCAAUAGCUUUCUGUUGUUAACUUUAAUCAUAAUGCAAAGACACCGCGAAAGUGAAUUUUGCGCGAAUUUGAUGUAUCACGAAUCCGACCCCGGCCAGGCGGGUUACCCCACCUUGAAACGUUUACAUGACAAAUUGUGACCCCGGCUGAGAGGGUAACCCGGUCUGGUAGACCGGGCUACCCGCCUUGGCGGGUCACCCCACCUAUCAUGUAAACGUGAUCAAAUGAAAAUGAGAGAUUAUAUGGACAGGCGGGUUACCCCACCUAAGCGGGUUACCUCACCACCUCCAUGUAAACAGGCCCUUACUCAUACUUUACCUACCUUCCCACCUACCUACCUACCUACCUACUUACCUAUCUAUUUACUUACCUGCCUACCUGCCUACCUGCCUAACCUAACUAACUAACUACCUACCAACCUAAUUACGUACCUGCCUGCCUACCUAUCUACGUAACUAACUACUUACCUACUUACCUUCCUACCAACCUACCUACCUACCUACCUACCUACCUACCUACUUACCUUCCUGUCUACCUACCUACCUAACUACCUAACUACCUACUUACCUACCUACCUACCGGUACCUACCCACCUAACUACUUACGUACCUACCUACUUACCUACCUACCUACCUACCUACUUAGCUGCCUGUCUACCUACCUACCUACCUACCUACCUACCUACCUACCUACCUACUUAUCUACCUAACUUACCUGCCUGCCUGCCUACCUACCUAACCUAACUACCUACCUACCAAUCUACUUACCUACCUACUUACUUACCUGCCUGCCUACCUAACUACUUACCUACUUAUCUACCUACCUACCUACUUACCUUCCUACCUACCUAACUACGUACCUGCUUACCUACCCUACUGACAGACCGACUUUAACUUACCUAUCCUCCUACCAACCUACUUACACUCUUACCUACCUACCUAAUUACCUUCCCACCGGCCUUCCUACAUGCUCGCUUGGUUGCUUACUACGAUAGUGUGGGUAUUAACAUCGCCAUUUCCAGGGCACCAUAUUUGCCCUUGAAAGACGCACAAACUGGUGGUCAUUGUAGUUACAUUUACACAGUUUAUCAUUGUCGGCUCUAAGCUGUUUUCUAUCCUGGCAUCGGUUAAGUAAAAAGUCGGAAAUCAUUGUCCACUGCGGAAAUCUCUAUCCACUUCUUAUCAUAUUAGUUGAUAUACAUGUUAAUGAUUUGCUCUCACUUCGUUUAACUGAUAAUUUCCACUUAAUUUCUUCUUUACAGAUGUCGAAACAACCGGCAGCUCAAAUGAGUUUUACGAUAAAUUCAGUAUACGAUAUCACAUCUCUAUCAUAAUGAAAAGUUUAUGGGACAAUUUGACUCAUAGGCAGGCAAUUAUGAAGCAAAGCAGGUAAGUUAAGCUGUCAAACCUUGCUUAUGGCUUUUGAUGUUGAACUUCUGUAUAACUCGGGUCAAAGCCUAAAUUCGCCAGUUGGUCUGAGAGCCUAAUGCACCUGCGCUGUGUCUUUCUGUGUGACCGCAGGCUCAUUUAAUUCAGCGCAAUUAUGUACGCGUGAGCACUGAAAUAAUGCACAGCAACUCGAUUGAGAGACUGAGCAAUUGACUCUCUAUGGAGGAGUGGGUGAUUUCUGGAAAGAGUGUCCUGUAAACAGACAUGGAACGUUAAAAAUUCUUGCGUGGAGUUAAUUGUCGUACAGUUGCACUAUAAAAUAAGGAAAAAUCGUCCAUUGUUGUGGAUGUUGGAAAAAUUCUCUUCCUCAAAGGUCAAUUAAUCGGCAGCUUAAGUCGAGUUACGGUUCAUUUUUUCAGUGUUCAUGCGUACAGAGUCUCCCUAAACUGAAUUGACGAAGGCUUCGAGUACUUCGCUAAGACUGGAUAUUUACGCUAUGAAAGCGUCUUUUUACCAUCAUAUGAGGAGGUUUUUCGUGUUACAUAAUUGUUUGCACAGGUUACUAUCACAAGAGUCUGCUUUCUUCCUGAGCCUAUAUUCAAAGCAUUAUGCGUAUAGUGAUGUUUGGUAAAUCAACGCUUGUUUGUCGUAGGACGGAUCAGUUCGUUCGUUUUGUGAACAUGUUGAUCAAUGACACGACGUUCCUGUUGGAUGAAUCACUAGAUUCACUGAAGAGUAUCAAUGAAACUCAACAGAUGAUGGCUAAUGUGGCCGAGUGGGAAGGACAACCAAGAGUAAGUGUCCUGAUGAUCAACGUUAGGCAUUGUAAGAACUUGAGAUUUUCCGUAGUAACAGCAGUAUUUUGCUGUCAUAGGAAGUGCGUACUUCUCGGCUGAGGCAGCUAGCAACAGAUGAACGUCAGUGUCGCUCAUACCUAACUCUUGCUACUGAAACUUUGGAAAUGAUGUUCUACCUUACGAGACAUGUACAAGGACCUUUCCUCAGACCUGUGAGUAUCAGUGCUUAUUGCCUAAUCACUUGACAUACUUGAGCAUACGUAUCGCCUACUCUCCAAUGGCAAGCUGCCUGCGAUUAUUCAGUAGUACAACGUAUAUGCAGACGCUGAGGUGGCCAUAGAAAGUGUCCGUAUUAAGCGGGUUGAAUUUUAAUAGAGAAAAAGUAAGGGCUUUCUUUCCUCAGGGACAAAGCAAACUGUCCAUCAUAAUGACGUAUUCGUAAGGCGGUUUUUGACUGUAUUCAGAAUCUACACGGAGUUCACCUAAAAGUAAUGUAAUGAUAAUGAAGGCGGUGGCUGCGGUGCUUUUGAUGGGUGACGAUAGUGUAAGUGAUGAUGAUGAUAGUGGUGGUGGUGGUGGUGGUGGUGGUGGUGGUGGUUAUGAUGGGUGAUUAUAAUGAUACAGUAGUGAUGAUGAUGAUGAUAGUGGUCAGUUGAUAAGUGUAACCUUUCUUGCAGGAACUGAUCGAUCGUAUAGCAGCUAUGUUAAAUUUUAACCUUCAGCAACUUUGUGGACCAAAAUGCAGAAAUCUGAAGGUACUGUGCAACUUCUUUUUUCACUUUUAGUAAUAAUCGUCGUAGUUUUAUUGACUGGGAUAAUCAAAUAAAGCUUUUGAAACGUCCGCUUUGAGCCUCUGUACGGCAGCCUUAUAAUUUCAUCAAUUGAACUAAAAGAACCAUUUUUUUGUAUCUCUUAAAGAAACAUUGUGAGAGGUGUUCCUUGUUUAAAUGAUAUAUAGCUUUGAUUCAUUUAUAGCAUAUGGGUAACUCUCAGGGAUAUAGCCUUCGCAAUUGCCUGUUGGGAUUUUCAUUGUUUUUAACCUCACAAAUAAUGAAAAUUCUAACAGGCAAUUCGAAGGCUAUAAGCGUAUGCUGUAAAUGAAUCUACCCCUAGAAAAAUUAAUGCUAACUAGCAGAAUGGACUGAAUUGGAAGAAGGAAGUAGUUGGAAACUUUAGGAGCAUACUGUAGUUUUCUUUGUUUCUUCAUAAAAAGAAUGAGAAGAACAGCCAUUUGUAAUUGACAGUAUAACGUAUCAAAUGAAGAAUGAUCCUUGCAGUUGUGAACGCAAUUUAUGCAGUUGCGUAAGAAGCCUGAAAAAAUUUCAGGACUUAAACGGGGUUUGAACCCGUGACCUCGCGAUACCGGUGCGUUGCUCUAACCAUCUGAGGUUGUGUUCAUAUGUUCCCCUGAAAGAGAUGAAUGUGAUAGAUGUAUAUGAAAUAAAUCAUAUAAGAACUGCGGAAAUGAAAUCAAAUGAAGAAUGAUCCUGGCAGUUGUGAACGUAAUUUAUGCAAUUGCGUAAAAACAUGAAAAAAUUUCAGAACUUAUGUUAUCAGCUUCUUGCAAAAUUUGGCAUCCCAAAAUACUAAUCACCAUCGAAGAGUCAUUUUGUCCAGGAAAAAUGGCUUCUUCUGAUCAUGAUUGUUAAUGCAGUACUGAGCGAUCGUUGGCGUGUGGUUGUUUUUGUGUUUGCAGGUAAAAAAUCCUGAAAAGUAUGGAUUUGAGCCUAAGAAUCUGCUUGAUAGACUGACACAACUUUAUGUGAAUCUUGAUUCAGAAGAAUUUGCGCAGGCUGUUGCCGGCGAUCAGGUAAAAAAAAACCAACAUUUUCUUUUCGUCCACUGAGGACGUUUCAGCUUUUACAUUGCAUUCUGUUUCAUUGUUUCGUUUAGCGAUCUUACAAGAAAGAAUUGUUUGACGACGCCGCAAAACAUCUUCAAAAAACGUUACUGAAGACAGAGGUAAGUUUGGCUCUGUAUAGUACCAGUGAGAUCUUAUUUUUUAGGUGGUACUAGGUUUACAUCUUAAGACCUCGCUACACACUCGAAGACAUGUUGCAGCGACAAGUAUGAUGCUGCCACAAUACCCAAGGGUGAAGUCUAAUCAUUACGGUAAAAUACUCCUCAGUCCUGUAAGUAUGUAAAUUAUUUGUAGCAGAGAUAGACAACCUGAGCCUGCGGGACAGGCUUUUAUUUUUGCGCGAGUCGAGCGUGGAGAGCGAGAGAGGCGCGCUCCACGCCCGGCGUCUUGGGCUUGCCUUUGUUCGCCUGAAAAACGCGAAAAAAGAACGCCUAAUGCGCAGACGAGAAAGCAAAUGCGACUGGCAAAAUGUGAGACAUUUUGCUAUUGGUAGCAUAAAGCAGACCAGUUUUUAAGGAAUUUGAUUCGUCGCUGUAAUCAGAUUUCGUCUACGCGACCCGGCGCUUUAUCGGGUAUGUCUCACAGCGAGAACUUUUGCUGCCAGUUUGAGUUGAGUUUAAUAUUCUUCAGUAUUUCUCAGUCACAAGUUGUAUCGCAAAAAUUAACAGUGUAUUUUUCAUCUGCAUUUUCCAGUCAGAAAUUUGUCGUUUCAAGGCUUUUGCGGCUAAAGUGGAAAAAAAAGUGGCAGAAAACGCUGCCUUAGAAGAGGAUUAUGACGAUGCACCGGACGAGUUUAAAGGUGAGUGUGUUAUCUAUUGCCACCCUGAAAAUCUAGUUAAAUCAAAUUAGCGUUGUAAACUACAUUGUACAACCUCCUCCCCCCGCCUCCCCCCUUGCCAUCUUGGCUUGUUAAAUAGUGUUUGGACCUCCGUGGCACCCAUGAUCAUCUGUAGACCGCUAUAUGGCAUGGUGCUCGCAUAGCACUGACAAACCGUAAAAGCUAUACCCAAGUGAUCGGCCAGCGGCUUACAAUGGAGCCUCAGCAUCAGUAGCAAUACAACUUCUGCAUCAUUGAUUAAGAUAUUUCUUUGAGUUGUGACAGUUAUUUGUGUCCCUGUUUUGUGACAGACCCGUUGAUGAUGACUCUCAUGCAAGAGCCUGUAAUCCUACCAACCAGCGGAAAAAUCAUGGAUCGUCCAGUUAUUACACGGCACUUACUAAACUCAGACACUGAUCCAUUUAACAGACAACCACUUACCACUGAUAUGCUGAAACCAGGUCAGUAUGGAUUUACCAGUUGUUAUAAUUCUAUCAAGAUAUUUUUGUGAUAACGCACAAUUGCUCCUUUGCCGUUUUCUUCUUCAGUAAAUACACAAUGGCAUUUUGUCAAAAAGAAUUUUCUGUAUAAGAUGCAGCCCUUGCCUGUUUAACAUUGAUUUUGUUCGUUUGCAGCUACUGAACUCAAGAUGCAAAUAGAGAAAUGGCUGAAAUCAAGAAGAAGCAAGUCAAAGUGAUUAAAAUACAAUUUUGGAAUGAAGGAAACGUUAGAGCAAAACAGUGGAAUUUAUUAAAGGGCAGGUCCCCUGUUUUAGCCUUUGCUUACUUGCAAUAAUUAUUUCUUUUCUUGAAUUCGCUUUUCAUUUUUUUUUCUCACGAACAGAUGCCGUGUUUUGUUGUUGAGACAGCUUUAGUUAUUGACUGAUGGAGAAAAUGUCUAUGAUUAGCCAGUCCUACAGACUGCUGUAAAAGGUUGUGACUCCAACCAAAGUUUUUAAAAAGUCAUUUUAUUAGAGCUGCAAGGUAUAAUUGUAGUUUGAAAAAAGAAACUAUUUGAGGUACAAUUUACCACAAACAAGACUAACUACCCUAAAAAGUACAUUAUUAAAGGUGACUAUGUUUUGUUUCUUUAACUUCGUAGUUGAUUCAGUUGUUGACUAGUAAGUCUAGUAAAGCUGUUUAAACCACGAAGUAAAGUACAAAAAGUAAAGGAAAACUUAUUUCGACAGGGUGGUCCAUUCAGCUCGGAGGCUGGUCUCCAUAGGGUCCCUGAGUCUUAAAAAAACUACUUUACGUUAAGAAUUUGUAAUUAGUACAUUUUAAAAAGCUCAGCGUAAAAAUACAAUGAUAGCACUUAAAACCGC